UUGGUCAUAAUAGUAGGUGUGCGAAAAUCGUUACUCCGAUUGGCCAUCCACCAAGAAGAGGUACAUGUCGUGGCCGGCAUAGUUAGCUUGCAGUGAGCAAGAAUCUACACUCGUGAGCCCAACCACCAGCAGACAGAGUUUGAUUUCGAUUCCGGGGCCCAUAGAUAUAGAAAGUAGAUUUGACGACCUUGCAUAUCCAACGCUUGGUAAUCAUCAUCAUCGUCAGCACAACAACAACAACAAGAACGAAACCGACGACAUCGAGCAGAACGAAAACGCUACAAAUUUCACCAUCAAUUCCACGUAUGAUCAGCAACUGGGAAAAUGGCGCAACCCAUCCUGAACAUUGUCGUCGUGGGAGAUGGAGCCGUUGGAAAAACUUGCCUCUUGCAUAGCUAUACGGAUGAGUCGUUUAAAAAUUUCUAUCAACCGACCAUCUACGACAAAGAAAGUUUCGACAUUACAAUCGAUGGGGUACUGGUGACCGUACAGUUGCAUGACACAGCUGGACAGGAAGAUUACGACAGAAUCCGGCAGCAGUUUUACAAAAAGGCGAAUUGUUUCCUGCUCUGUUACAGUAUUAACAAUCGUGUUUCGUUUGAGAACAUUCCCUCCAAAUGGUUUCCCGAAAUAACAGCCAAUCAGAGGGUUCCGAUCGUGUUAAUAGGUACCAAGUCGGAUCUGAGGAAAGAAUCGGGCAGCCAGGUGCCAACGUCCGAGGGACAUAAGCUGGCGCGUACCAUCAAUGCCAAUUCUUUUGUAGAAUGUUCGGCCAAGGAGAACUUCAACGUGAAGCUGGCCAUCGAGCAAGCCGUCCGGGCCUGUGUCGAUGGGGUGCCGGAGGUGAUCGAGGAGCCAAUCUGUUACGGUCUCUGUCGCAGCUGUUCCUGUAGUCUGAUGUAGAGGGGUUAUGUUAGUUAGAGAAUUUCAUAAACGUAAGACUAAACCAGAUCGAGUGCUCAAUAAAAUCGGUAUAAAUUUAA